AUGGAACAGCAAUUAAUACAAAGCAUAGAUCAGAAUCCAAAUAAUGGUGUUGAUUAUUAUAAUUUGGCUCUGAUUAUUUCAGAUGAAAAUCGAUCGUCAGCCAUUCUUUUAUCAGGUGAAUCAAUGACAAUACAACAACUAUACUUGAAAGCAAUAGAGUGUGACUCAUCACAUUCAGAAUCAUACCAUAAACUUGGAUUCCUAAUGACAAACAAAGAUAAAAUUAUCACAUUGAAUAAUGGACAAACAAUGACCGAACAACAAUUAUACAUGAAAGCAAUAGAGUGUAAUCCAAAUAGAUAUGAGUCAUACUAUAAUCUAGCGACAGCAAUUGAAGGUGACGAUACAAUUACACUGAACAAUGGACAAUCAAUGACAGAUCGACAACUAUUCUUGAAAGUAAUAGAGUGCGAACCAUACCAUUCAGAUUCCUAUCAUAAUCUUGCUACUAUUCUAUUGAAGAGUGACGAUACAAUCACACUGAAUAACGGACAAACAAUGACACAACGACAACUAUACUUUAAAGCAAUAGAGUGUAAUCCUUAUAAUACAGAGUCAUAUUAUAAUCUUGCUAGGACUCUUGUUCAAGGUGAGAUGAUCACACUGAAUAAUGGGCAGACAAUGACCGAACAACAACUAUACAUGAAAGCAAUAGAGUGCGAUCCAAACGAUACAUUCUCCUAUAUUAGUCUAUCAAGCUUAUUAUCACCAUAUGAAACAAUCAUUCUUCACGAUGGUCAGGUGAUGACAAGGAUACAAUUAUUGGUGAGAGCAAUAGAUUGUGAUCCAAACUACCCACUUACAUAUUCGUUACUUGCAAACUCAUUACCUGGAACAAUCCAUACAGCAAUAACACUUUUAGAUGGUCAGCUAAUGAGUCAUAAACAACUCUAUUUAAAAUCUUUAGCUCUAGAUCAAACAUACUAUGAUGCACAUGUUAAUCUUGCAAAUUUACUCGAACCAACUGAAUCAAUAGUCUUGCCAUCUGGUGACACAUUGACAAAGAAGCAAUUAUACCAAAGGGCAAUUCAACUUAAACCAAACUUCCAUCAUUCAUUCAUAGGUUUAGCGUUGUGUAUGAACUCAAAUGAAACAAUCACUCUUCAUAAUGGUGAGCAAAUGUCAAGGAGACAACUACUUCAAAAAGCAAGAAACCAAUCAGACCAAUAA